CCCGAGAAUUCAAACAAGUUUCGUACGAUAUCUACCCAUUCAUCCCCUCGCUCAUCCAUUCUCCCUCCCAUUCGCGCCCAUUUCGCCAGCGUUUUGUCGCCACUCGGUUCAGCUCUGCCCACUCCACCAUGAGUGAGACCAAAGUUAUCCAGUAAAUGUCUUAGAUAACAUGAGGAAGAAACACAAAGUGAAUCAAUCUUUCCGGGGCAAGCCCACUUCCGUUCAGGCCAACCGGAGCAGCCCAGCGCUGGACUCUCGGCCUAAUCGCACGAUAUGGCCGUGUUUCUCAUCAACCUUGGGUGGUGGUGGUGGUGGUGGUGGUGGUGGUAGAGGAAAGAAAAAAAGAUGGGGAAGUCGAUGGGGGGAGCGAGGGGAGGGGGCUUUUUUUUUUCGGGAUCCCGUCGGAGGCGUCGUGGAUCCCACCAUUCCGACAAAAACCGUUAGGCAAAGCCGAAGUUUGCAUAAUUCGCGGAAGUCCAGCGAACAGCUUAACAGAGCGAGCGGGAAUCGUCUUAUUUUUCCUAUUUUCGUUUUUUGUUUUUUUCAUCAUACUUUUUAUUUCCUUUUCCCAGAUCUCUCCACUAUCAUCACGUUAUCACCAUAUCCAAGAUAGUUCUCCCUCUCCCCCACUGUCUACUACUACUGAACGGCGAUUCACAUUAACAUUAUUCCAAAUAAGGGAGUUUCGGCGUUGUUGUUUUUUUUCUUUCCUUUUCUUUUCUUUUUUUUUUAGAGGUUAGCAGAAUCCAGCUUGAUUUGCCACUGAG